CUGCGCAGCUACUCAGAAAAUGUACAUAAAGCUGCGCGAGAACGCGCGACAGUCGCGUGUGCAGCGCAACGCGGUUUGUAUCGGUAGAAAUGGGGUAUAGAAGGGGGUUAGGUCUCGGCACGUUUUUCACCGUGGUGAUCGUGCUGGUGGCGAUAUACUAUCGCAACACCGACGACGUGCUGCAAAAGCGUCUGCUAACUUUGCUGCACGGCCUCGAAAGGCUCGAGAGCAAGCACGUGAUCACUAGAAGGCCGAAAGUCGCGAUAGGUUAUGGCGUUUGCACUGACGUGUUCAUCGACGCGAAGCAUCUGCUCAGAUACUCGGAUGAGGUCGGCCGGCCUGAGCAUUUCGACGAGAUCAACACCGAGCUUGAGUUACUGAAGAGCUUCGCCUAUUAUUUUCGCCAUGGUGCCGCUGCCGAACGAUACAUGGCGAACAGAACUCUGUUCGACGAACUGGUGUCAAAGGCGCGUUCGUUUCCUUCGUCUUAUUCGACAAUCGGUGGGAAUGCGGCUGUCAUGGCAAUGCGAUUCGCGAGAGAAGGCUGCGACGUGACACUCGCGGCUAAGCUGACCAAAUCCCUGCAUCAGAUGAUCCCACAGAUGAUAAAAGUCGUGGGUGGUGAGGUAAAGCGCGAUGAUAUUCAUCUCAUCAUGGAAUAUAAGCAUGGUGAGAUGUGGGGCCCUUAUUCCAGCGCAAGAGCAAACAGAUAUAUUAUUCAUAAUGACGUGAACAAUCCAAUGAUCAGCUCGUUUGACGCCUUCAACGAGGCUCUGUCGACUUAUGACCCUGAUUUACUAGUAGUUAGUGGCCUCCAGAUGAUGGAUAACUAUCCGUUUCGGGAAGACAAACGCAAAAGUCUGCUGAUGAAUGUGAAGCGUCAGAUGAUGGAACGACCAAGUACCACCAGAAUUCACUUCGAGAUGGCCUCGUUUGCCGAGGACAAGCUGUUUUUCGAGCUGUGCGACUUAGUGGUUCCCUUCGCCGACAGUUUGGGCAUGAAUGAACAAGAAAUAGCAAAUCUGUACAAUACCAUGUAUUACGGAAACAUCUCGCUGGUGGCCAAUUCGACUCCACGAGUCGCCACGGUAUUAGAUCAGAUGAGGACGUUGUUCAAGCUCAUACGCUUGAGAAGCAAGUCGAUCAAAGAUGCCAGGGAGCUCACGAGGAUUCAUGUGCACACGUUGGCGUACCAGGCUAUAUUUACUGUCAAGGAUUCCGUCUGGAAGAAUACGAUGGCUGCUGCAGCCAAGGCGUCGCUCACUGCACACAGACACGUGUGUGCAACGAGUAACGUCGAUGUGAAGAAAGCAACAUUGAUCAUGGACGACAGCUUCUCCACGUCUAUCGUCGACGGUACGCGAAUAGCGCUGAACAUCGAUAAGCCGGUGUCUUGUUGGGAUGAGGUACUGAAAGUCGAACAGGAGAACAUUGCUAUUCAGGUGUGCGUAGCGCCUGUGUUAGUUUGCACGCAAGCUAGUCAGACAGCGGGUGGCGGUGACAAUAUCUCCAGCGCAGGCUUAGUGCUUCAAAUCUAAAGCACGGACUUCGUCGCCGAUUACGGCGAGAUCACUAUACACAUCGACGUCGUCGCGAAUCAUCUCUCUUUCUCGCCAUCGUGUACACGUGUAGACGAACGAAAAUUCUAAAGUAGGCCUCUCUUAUUUCCGUUAAUAGCACGCAUAGAUCGCACGAACGAUCGAUGCUCAUUCCACACAGUUUUCGCAUUCCAUUUUGCCGUAAAAUAAUAGAAACUGGACUAUUAUAUAUU